AUGCGGCGCUCGAUAGACAUACCGCGGUCGGAGGCCGUGACCCCGAUCCUCAGCCCGAUCCAGAGUCGACGAGCGAGCCUUUUGUCGCCAUCCUUUGGCGACGACAAGCUGGAUUUGAUACGGGGCGUCAAGGAGGACAAGGGCAAGGACAAAGAGAAGGAGAAGCUCCAGGGAGAGCACGAGAAGGAGAAGGAGAAAUUCUCUCCCAGCACCGACUCUUUAAAGAAGUCUGUGACCGAUCUCCACAACUUCUCGGCCGAAGUUUCUCAACAAGUAGAGCAGAUUCACCAUGUGUUGCUGGAAAAGACGAGCGGUUUGCAGGUUAUGGUCAGUGCCCUAAAGGAUCUUGCGCAGGCGUCGUGUGACCUACAGGUGGGAUUUGACAGGGCUGCGCGAGAGCUUGAGACGGACAUUACCAAACAGAUAUACAACAUCGGGCACUUUGAUUCUCAGAAAUCCACGAUCGAUGCUCUACAAAGCCGCAUAAACGAGGGGAGACAAAGUGUCAACGAGCUGGCAGCGCGAGUGGACAAGGUCCGAGCACUCGUCGAGGGCUGGGAGCGCGCAGAUAGGGCGUGGCAGGAGAAGACGCGCAAACGGCUGAGAAUCACCUGGGCGGCGCUAUCUCUUGUUCUUUGCCUUGUUACCCUUCUCUUUAUGCUUUUCAACUACAGUUCCCAGAACGCUGAGCUGGUCACUGAGCCGGCCACUCAGAGCGUGUGGAGAAAUACUACGCCAGAGCUGAAGAUACAUCAUGACGCCAAGCAGAGUCUUCCCACAAGCAACGAAAGAUCAGAGGCGAAGCUGGCAUGGGAAGCACCACUAGCGGACGACGAGCCAUUGCGCAUAUUCGACGAAUUAUGA